AUGAUUCAACAGAUUUCAAUCCAAAUUUACAUAGCUCUUAUGUUGUUACAACAUCUGAUUAUAGGGGAGUGCGCUUCCGUAUGUCCUUUUACUAACUACAAAAAUGCUCUUUUGGUCAUUGACUCAUCUACCCAAAGCUACACCGAAUCCAUUAAUGAUAGUGAAAACUAUGAUACUUUUGGAUUUGCAUUCUGGAGUAUCAGUAUUCCAUUGCUUGAGAAGCUUGAAACUGCAAAUAGAGAUGGGCCGUUUAAGAAUGAUGUGUCAGAAGAUGGACAACUGUUAUUUUUUGUCAAAGAUUCAUCGACUACCUCAAACUUUAUUUACGGUUUUAAAUCCUACGACUAUUUAAACAGGCAGGUCAAGCACACCAUUAAAUUCAUUAAUCAAGAUAUUAGCCAAAAAUUUAUAUUCUCAUUUGGAUCAUUAGAAUACGAAGGAAUCUGGAUUUACCAUCAAGUUUUAUUGUAGCCAGCUUUAAACAAAAUUAUUGUUGAAAUGAGUAACUAAGAAAAACAAUAAGCAAAUUUUGAUUUAUAAAAUCAAUUGAGUUUAUAAAUCAGUAUCGGAGGAAGAGGAUAUAUUGAUUCGUUGAACCUCAACUCGUUUAGAGGAAAAUAAUCGAAGUUAAUUUAUCUGCCCAAAUUUGCUUAUUCAACAAAUACUUUUUCAUAGUAAGUGUAAACUUGCAAGAUACCACCAAUGGUUACUGGAGAAUAAACCAUCAAUAUCAUCUCUGGAUUAAGGUUAUUUGAAGGAAAUUAAGUGCUAUAGCAAUUCUUAGAUCUUUAUGGAAAUAGGUACUGCAUUUAGGGAUGGGUUAAAUAUUUAUUACCAAAAGUGGACGAACAAAGUUAUACGCUAUUGAAGUUGUCAGGCUAAUCCAACUUUGAGAAAGAAAUUACACUAGGAGAUGAGCUGUUCCGAGUAGAAAGUUUCAUUUCAAAGAAGAAUCCUAAAUCCACAUCAUUAAUUAUAAAUGCUGAUGCUUAUGGUAUGCCUGUGAAGUAGUCAUUCCAAUCACAAUAUGAUCUAUUAUUCUAAGGAUCCGGAAAUCCAGACUACAGCGUAUUAUAAGCGAAAAGAACUUAUCAAGAUCUCAAUACAUAACUAUAUUUUGAAGGAUUGUAACAAUGGCAUUAUAUUUAAUAUGAAUAUGGAAGAAGUAAUAUUGAUUAAAGGAUGUUAUUGUAGAUUUAAUUUUCAAAUGAUUUAGGAAAGCUAUACGAAAAUCUUGGAAACCAUAUUUUUAGUGGCUCUUUUACAAAUGCUAGACUUAAUUUAUUUUUUGGUGGAGACACUACUAAUUCAAAUACCAAUCAUGAAUUUAUUGAAGCUUAUAUAUAUGAUUUCAAAAUGCAAUUUAACUAUGCCGAAGAUAAACUAUUUAACCUAAAUUGCCAUUAUACUUGUAAGACAUGUGAAGGACCAUUAAUAUCGAAUUGUUUAACAUGCGAUGCUAAUUCCAAUAGAUUUUAUCAAGUUGAAUUAAAAAUGUGCAAAUGCAAUUCUGGUUAUCUAGAUAAGGGUAUCCCUAUUUGUGACAAUAAAUUUUAUUCAUCAGUUCAAUAAGAAGAAUAGCCAAUUGAUUUAGAAGUGCCAUGUCCAAUUGGGUAUUUUAGAUUACCCAAAGAUGAUGGGAGUGGAUAUGAUUGUCUAUUAUGUCCUUAAAUGAAAAAUUUCUUUGGAGUGCUGUGUGCGGAUUGCUACUUCUAUCCUUUAACUUUUUAUUUGGAACCUGUGUGCACUAUGGAUUUUUUCACAAUCAAACAAUUAAAUGAUUAUGAGGCAUACCAUUUAAUAAAGAGGACUGAAGCUCAAAACGAUGCUUAUUCUAUAGAAUCUGAUAGAGCAUUGCACCUAAAUCCUGAAAUAGCAUAUUAUUGUUAUAUUGAUUCUUGCUUGCCGUAGGUUAAAUACCAUCUUGGUAAGCCUAUAACGGCUGAAUGCAAACCAAGUUACUACUAUCACGACGAGGUGCAACUCUGUUUAAAUCCAGGCAUUGCUAAUUGUUUAAAAGUCAAUAUAAUACCUGGAUGUAGUCUAUGUGCUCAAGGUUAUUACCUUGUUAAUUAUAAUACUUGCGGCAGAUGCCCUACUAAUUGUUAUGCUUGUAUUUCUGAUUGUUAUGAUUGUUCUGGUAAUAGAGGUGCGAUAUGUAACACUUGUAUAUAAUAUUACAACCUGUAAUAAGGAGUAUGUAAACAAUGUGGACUUCGCUGUGAUUUUUGCAAAGACUAUUAUGAUUAGUAUUUGGGAAAAAACUAUCUAAAAUGUUUAAAAUGUAUUGACGACUCUUUGUACUCAUUUUCUUUUGAUGGUAUUAAUUGCAUAUCAAAUGUAAUUCCUAAUUGCGUUCAUUCAUUUUCUGCACUUAUAGAUGAUUACACAAUAAAUACUCUUGAUAUCUAUUUCGUACCUUAAUUCGAUUAAAGCAAGAUCGAAUUAUUAUGCGCAAAGUGCUAGCCAAACUAUGUUUUCGUAUUUGAAACUAAAUCCUGUGUUUUUAAUAAUAUUAACAACCAAUGCGAUAUUGGUAUUGGUUCACUAAAAUCAAGUGAUCAAUCAUUAGAAAGUGUCACUUGCCUCAAAUCAUAUUAUUAUGAAAACCAAAUUGUUGAAUUUAUGGAAAAAUGCGAAAACUUAGUUAAUGAUUGUUAAGUCUGCCUUGAAACUAACAUUCAAAAUUAUUACACCUGUUUGGAAUGUUAAAAUGGAUAUUAUGCAGAAUAUAUAAGUAAUCGAUGUGUUUAAUGUCCAAGUCAGCUUAAUUGUAUUUCAUGUUACUCUCAACAUUCAGUCUCAAAAGAUCAUUGGAAGAAAGAUGUUAGGGCAUUUUAUAAAAAGUAUAUUGAAAUCAAAAACACACAUUAAUAUAUCCUCAAUGCAUAGAGUUAGAAUGUCAGUGAUUAUGAAGUAGUUUGUUCAGUCUGUUAAGAUGGGUAUAGGUUAUAUAAGAAUAAAUGCAUUAAAUAUUGUUCUGAUACCUGUGCAGAAUGCUUAUUUAAGGAUGAUCAGUAUUAUUGUGUUAGGUGCUAAAACGAUCAAAAAGGAAGAAAACAAUCUACUUACCUUAAUGAAUGCAUAGAAUGUCCAGAAGACUGUGCCUUAUGUAGGCCGAGAACAAGCGAUGAGAUCUUAUAGAUCAAUCCUUUAUUUAAUAGCACUAAAUAUGCAAAAUACUCUCAUUAGUGCAUCUUAAGCUUUCAAGAUUAAGACUAUAGUUAUGAUGAAGAUAUUGGUGUUUUUAUUCAUUGCGAAUCACCUUCUCCUGGGGGCUGUUAUAAGUAGUUGGUUAUCCGCAUGAAUGCCUAUGGAGACGCAACUAAAUACUAUCAAGAUUACAAUACAUUAACUGAUGAAGAAAGCAGGUUAUAAUUUAGAAGGGAAAACUUUUAAUUAAAUAAUUUUUUUGUCUUAAAUUAAACAUUUGGUGAAUAUCAAAAUGAUGAAUUUUACUCCUUAGCCAAUGCUAACCAUGUUAAGUCAAUUUUGAUUUAAAUAACUUCUGCUUACACAUUCAAUUUCAGGUCCUCUUACCUGGAAGUAAGCGUAAUCAGACAAGUGUUCUCCUAAAGUAUAUUUUCGCUGAUCAAUGUGGAACUUGAAUUUAAUUUCCAUGAAGGUUCUACUUUGACUUUAACAAGAGAUAUGAGUAUUUCAUUUUUAAACUUCAAUAAAGUCACUAUUAAGAAUCUCAAAAUCAUUGAAUGCGCUUAUUGUGAAAAUGACAGAUUCUUAUUCAACAGUGUAUUUCCUUAAACGGUCGUACUAAAUAAUAUAUAUAUUGAUCACACCUCUCAGUAUAGUGGCAGCCCCUUAAUUUUUUCAUUACAAAAUAUCUCUAAGUUUUAUUUAGAUGGUUUUACUAUUGAAGGAAUAAAUAAUGACGGCCCUUCAUACAUAUUUGUACUAGAAAGUACAACCUUUUCGAAAUAGAUAGCCAUAAAGAAUUUCAAAAUUUUUAAUACUUAAAUUAAAGAUAGCAGAAUACUUGAAUUAAAUUUAAGAAGUGAUGAUUAAGUAUCCUUUGAAAAUUUCAAUAUAUCUGGUAUUUAUGAAUUAGUAAAUCUCAUCAAAAUUAAUUCAGAAGAUUUCAAAGGUGGUUAGAUUACUAUGAACAAUAUACUCAUAACUGCCAACAUUACUAAUUCUCGUGAAUUUAUACAUUUUGAAACGGCUAGCUCUCUAUCCAUAUCAAAUUUUGUACUCUAUACAUCCGUUCUUGGAUAAUCAGUGCUAAUUUUGCUCAAUCACGUUGCCAAAUUAGAAAAUAUGAAUUUCACAGAGAAUCAGAUUAUGGACAAUUCAGUUUUACUUUACAACUCCAAUCUAAGGAAUAAUUAAAUAAAAUUAAUCUAUUAACUCAAUAACAUUAAAUUUGAAAAUAAUAAGUACAAUAGUGUAAUUAAAUUUAUUUAUUUUCAAAAAUACUCAAGUCUAGACCAAACUAUACAGAUCAGUCAAUUAAGUUAACUCAAUAACCAAUUAAUAGAUGCCACCUUAACUUACAAUAUGAAACUAGAGACCUCAUCCCUAAUACUCAUUUAAUUCAAUUAAGUUCAAGUUUCUGACUUUCUCAUUAAUAGAGGGUAUGGAUUUAAUGAUAUCACUAUCACUGAGUGUUUAACCCUAUCAAUUCAAAAUGGGAUUAUAAUACAAAAUAAAUUUAACUUUCUAGGAUUGCAUAAGUAUUUGCCCUGCUAAUUAUUAUAUGUGGAUGGAUAGUAUUUCUCAAUCUCGCUGAAUAUAAUAUCUUCUAAAGAUAUUAGGAUGCAAAACCUCACAUUCUCUAAAGUAGAGUCAUACAAUUUUCCAUAUAUUUCAAUCAUUUUAACUGAUAUUUUGAAGGAUAUAGAUGAUUCAAAUAUUGUUCUAAAGGACAUAGUCUUUUCGGAAAGCCUUAUUUUAUUAUCAGAUCCCAUCUUCCAGACUGCCUUAAUUGGUAUUUAAUCCUCCUAAGAAACUGUCAUUUCGAUUUACAAUGUUACCUUUAAGAAUAAUCUCCUACAUUCUUAUAUAGAAGAAGGGUUUAUAUUGGCAGCUGGAUUACUUUAUGUAGAUUGUCCUUAUUGUCAGAUUAGUAUCCAGCACUCAACCUUCUUGAACAAUCUAGUCACCAAUAGUAGUUCAAGUAUUAUGUACAUUAAAAGUCAGCAGUUAGAAAUCAGCAAUUGCUUAUUUGAAAAUAAUAAUAUCUUCAAUUACAAAAUCCUUCAACCUUAUUUAAUCUGGGCAUUCACUCAAACUGUAACUCAAAAAGCAAUCCGCUAAUUCUUUAAGGUUACUUCAACAACUGGAAAUGGUUAAAUUAUAACUGAAUAAUUGAAAAUUCUAAACAGCACAUUUUCCAAUUCUGGUGGAAAAUUGGGAGGUUGUUUUUCAGUUUCUGCAUUACGAACAUCCAGAAUUGAAAUCAUUAACAACGUAUUCCAAAAUUUUUCAACAUUAUUUAUAACUGAAAUCGAGUAAGGAGGUGUCUUCUACAUAGAUGGUUCGUCAACCUCAUAUUUGGAAAUUAUAAUCAAAGACUUAACUGUUCGUAAUGUACAUUGUAGAUAGUAUGGAGGCUUCCUAUAUCUGAAAUCUAACAACUCUGAAGUUCAUCUUACGAUUACAGAUGGAAUGUUUAAUGAUAUCUAUGCGUAGUAAGGAUCUGUCAUUUAUGCGUCAUAUUCUAAUUUAGUAGAAGAUCCAUAAACAGUAAACAUAUAAGAAAUAGAAAUUAUUAAUUCUCAAAGUGGCUAUAUUAAAUAUCUUAAUGAAUUUAAAGAACUUUCUACUUAAUAAGAAAUAAGUAGUUUAAUUAAUAAUAGAUCAUCAAUUUAUAUAGAAGAUGGAUCUAACAUCCUAAUUCAAAAUAUAUCCGUUAAUAAUUUGAAGUUUGAAUCUUUUCUAAACUUGGAAAGUUCAAAUUUCAUAUACAUAUCAGACAUCGUUAUCGAGGAUAGUCAAAUUAGUAAUAAUCUUAUUAGAAUGUCCUAAAAUUAAUAUGUAAACUUAAUUCGCAUUUUGUUUCGAUCAAUAAUUGUUGGAUUUAAAGAGUAAUCUACAGGCUGUUCAAUCACACCUGACACGAAUUAAAUUAUUAAUUAUGCAUGUGCAGUUGGAUUUGGAGGUGCUCCUGCAUAUAUAGAAAAUGACAUUGAUGAUGACAGUGUAGAUAGAGGAUUGUGCGUCAAUAAUAUUAUUAGAUUAAAUUUAGACUUAUCUAUUUCAGGCUUAAUAAUUAUUAAUGAUAUAGAAGACCAAGACUACGUGAAAAUAAGUUAGUUUGAUUUGAGUAACAUCUCCUGUUCCAGUUGCACUAACGGAGUGCUGUAUCUGCAAUUUUUAAAUGAAACCACAUUGUAAUAAACAUAAUUAGUCUAAAAUCUCAAGGUAACUAAUUCGAUUUGUGGGAACAAAGGAUGUAUGGUUGUUGAAAAGCUGUUAGGAUAGGAUGGUAGAAUUCUUACUUAACAGGAGGCAUUUUAAUAAGAAUAUGAAUUAUAGAUUACUGAUUACAUUUGUGAAAAUAAUUUAGGAUUUACUGGAACUUGUCUGAUUCUGAAUUCAAUUUUCACUUUGAUUUAAGAUAGUGUGUUGUAACAUAAUAAUGCAACAUUCUAAGGAGGAGCUAUUGUAGUAAAAGGGUCAGACUAAAUAAUCAUAGAAAACUCACUUAUUUAAUAUAAUAAAGCAGAAGUGGGCGGAGGAAUGUAUCUCGAAAAGAUAUUUGCUCUAAAUUAUGAAUUAUUAAAAACGAGAGUUAUUUUGAAUUCUGCUAAUUUUUAUGGAGAUAAUGUAGCAUCAAAUCCUGAAAAGCUGGCCAUAUAAAUCACAUAAAAUGAGAUGCUUUAAAGUAAAAUCUUAGUUGAAAAUUCAACAACCAAAAUAGAAGAAGUUGUUGUAAAGCCUUUCACCUCUAUUAAUGGAAAAAAUUCUAAAUUUGUUUAAUUGCCCACUGGACAGUAGAUAUCGACGUAUUAAUUUUUUGAUUGGAGGAAUUAAAAUUAUAUUAAUUAUGAUUUGAUUUUUAGAAUUCAUGCUUAAAAUAGAAAAAUGCACUUGAUUUAAAAUUUAUCUAGUACUGCUUGUACCAUAAAUAGUAGAAGAUAUAAUAUUUCAGAGUAGGAUGAGGAUCAAGAAUUUACAAACAACUUCACUAAAUAAAAUACUAUUUUUUAUAAUUCUGAGACUUAAGAUUACAAUUUAGAUGAGCUGAUUGUGUAUUUUGAUAACGACGUUCCUGAAGAGAUUGUAUUAUAAUUAGAAUUUCAAUGUGAUUCAAUCAAAAUUCCAAUAUUCAAUACCACCUAUCCUUAUUAGACUUUAAGUUUUCAUAAUGAUUAUAGUCUUAGAAUCAAUGUUAAGACUUUAGAAUGUUAAUUUGGAGAAAUUAAAAAUUUAACUGACUUCUCAUGUGCAAUUUGCGAUUCAAUAUAAGGUCUAUUUUCUUUAACUUUAAAUGCUCAAAAAUGUGAUAUUUAAGAUGAUAUAUCAACAAUAUCAGUCAGGUCAAAUUAAUUAUAACUUAGACCUGGUUAUUGGAGACCGUAUUUCGAUACAUCAGAAAUCAGCACUUGCAUAAAUUUACAAAGCAAUUGUUUAGGAGGUUGGAAAAACGGGGAUAUCUCCUGUUACGUUGGUCAUAUAGGAGCACUUUGUGAACAAUGUGACCUAUACGAUACGAGAGGAGACGGUUCAUUCUCAGUUGUUAGUAGAUACUCUUGUGGAUCAUGUUAAGAUAAAUACGAGAAUAUUGCUCUUAUUGCUGGCAUCAUUAUUGUUACCCUCAUAUUUUUGCUUAUCUCUAUUAAAGGAACUUUGAAUUCAAUAGAUGAGUUUAGCAAAUUUAACCCCUUUAUUAGAUCCUCACACACUAAACUCAGUCCUCAAUCAAGUAUUCUGAUCAAAAUUUUGACCAAUUAUUUUUAAAUUAUAGCAACCAUUACUACCUUCUAAUUACAAUUACCUUAAGGAUUAGUCAGUACCAUUGAUGGAGUAGGUAAUCCUAUUCAAACAGCAACUUAUUCACUUGAUUGCUUUUUAGUUAAUUUUUCUAAUAUUUAAAUACAAUAUACUAGAAUGAUAUGGCAGAUCAUUUUACCAAUCCUUUAUAUUACUCUUUUUAUGGGCUUAUUUUUCAUUGCUUCUAAAUAGCGUCUAAUAGGAUCGACCUUAAAUUGUAGUGUAAUGUCAACCACUUUAAUUUAUUGCUACAUUUAUUUCUAACCAAAUUUAAUAAAUGGUUUUGUCCAAUUAGUGUCCUAUAGAGAUAUAUCCGGCUUUAAGUGGAUCAAGGCAAACGUAGCUGAUAGAUACGAUACUCUUAAUCAUUUAUAAUGGAUGCUGAAGUUUAGCAUGCCAGCUCUCAUUAUUUUGGCUAUUCUCAUACCGUGCUUCUUCUUCUAUGGACUUUUCAGCAAUAGAAACAAUCUAACUUCCAAAAAAGAAGUAAAAAUGCGUUGGGCAUAUCUGUACGUUGAAUACAAAGAUACAGUAUACUUCUGGGAAUUGGUUAAAAUCAUUGAAAAAGAACUGAUUAUCCUAUCACUUAUAUACUAUGAAGACAGUAUAGUCAUUAAGGGUGUCUUGGUGCUUCUCAUCACUUAUUUGUAUUAGGAAUUAAAUCAAAAUUAUCAACCAUAUUCAAUGAUUAGAAUGAAUAAGUUAGACUAUUAUUCAGCUAAUAUUUGUAUGAUCACUAUUUGUUUAGCUAUUGGAGCCUAUAUAGCAUAGGAGGCGGAGAUUAAAGAGUUGUAAAUACCCUUUUUAGUGAUUAUGGCCCUAUUAAAUUUUCUAUUCCUUCAAUCCAUUUUAGUAUAGAUUGUAUCCAAAUACGCAUAAUAAUAUGAAGAUACUUUAGAUAAAAUCAAAGACUUCAUUAAAAAACAAUAUCCAAGCUAUAAGAGUUCUAAAUAUCUGGAUAAGGUCUUGGAAAGCCGAACUGAUAAAAGAAAUAGAAUAAUGAUGUUAUUCCAAAAACUUAAGAAAUUUGCUAUUCCUUUAGGGAAACUUAUGAUCUAAACCAGAGAAAAUUAUCAAAAAACUAAACAAAAAAUAAGUACGAUUGAAUUUCACACUAGAUAAGAGACUUUGGAUGUGGAAAAAUCAUCUUAAAAGAGAUUACUUGCUCUACCAAAUAUAAAAUGA